UUAUUAUUAUUAGCAUGCUUUUUUUUUUGUGAGACUUGAGGCUCACAUGAAUCUGAUAUCGUAACCGACGCACACAAACCGCACAUGCCUAAAUUGCCUACUCUAACGACUAUAUCUUACCACCCAGCACCGUUUUUGCUCACCGCGGUGUAUAAUUGACAUCAUGGCAAUUCCUUUAACACGAUUGGGAGAUAGAGCCUUCAAUCAUAGUGCUAGCAAUGAUUCCGAGGCCGAGUAUGACCGGCUCCGGGACCUCGCACGGGCGGAAGCCGCGAAACGGAACAGUUGUUUCGACCGGGCGCACCAAGCUUACGAGCGGGGCGAUGGCGCCGAAGCUAAGGAGCUGAGCAACGAGGGCAAGCGGCACGCGGCCAAAAUGGACGAGUAUAACAAACAAGCGAGUGACUACAUAUUCCGGGAGAACAAUGCCACCGACCGCGUAGCCGACGACACCAUAGAUCUGCACGGCCAAUUCGUCGAAGAGGCUGAGGAUAUCCUUGAGCGACGUAUUCGUUACGCCCAGCAGCACGGCCAGACCCACCUCCACGUCAUUGUGGGCAAGGGAAACCACAGCGCCAACCACGUUCAGAAAUUGAAGCCACGCGUCGAAGAGGUAUGCCGUGAGCUAGGGCUGAAAUAUGCCACAGAGGAAAACACAGGCCGCAUCUAUGUCAACCUCCAGGGCGGUGAGGCUGUGAUGCCGCCGCCGCCAACCCACCACGGCGGGUACAGCCACCCCAGCGGCAGCGGUAGGCCGGACCAUGGAGGGCAACAGCAGACCCAACACGGGCACCACGGAGGGCAGUCGCAACACCACCAACAGCAGCAGCAGCAGCAGGAGCAACCCGACGAAAUCGACCGUCUGGUAUCGAAGUUCUUCCGCAAGCUUGGGGACUGCUGUAUCGUCAUGUGAGGAUAUGGAUUUUAACGGCCUGAUCUAUGCGGUCAUAUACCUAAAGUGGUUUAUUAGAAUGUCGCUUUGGAUAUUGAACAGUUUGGAUGAUGACUUGACGAGGGAAAAUGAAACGCUUCUAGGCUAAUGAAAUGGGGAAAUGGGAUCAUGGUGCUUAAAGGACUUUAAGAUAGGCUUUUGACUCUUGGAUGCUUUCUUCAUAAUGCCAGAUUAACAGAAUACUUACCGAUCACGAAUUUACAAUUUAAACAGACCUUUGAGAAUGUCAGUUGAGCAGACGACAGUG